AUGGACGGGACAGCGUUGUAUGAAGGCGUUUGUGCCCUGUGGAUCGCCCAGCUGCAUGAUAUUGACCUCAGUGCUGGGCAGGUUAUCACUACCGUGUAUGUACCAUUAUACACCGCUUUAAACUUUUCUCUUAAGGUUCGGUAAAACGGGCAACGAAAAUGUGCAAUUCGUUUUGUAACAUCAGACGUUGCACGUUUACCAUCCACGAAUAAAACCUGUCUUGCAACAAAUCAAGUCGUUGCGGGGUUGCGAAAGGUUGUUGCAGUAAGUAGAGAGAGAUUCUCCUUCAGUUUCCAAAAAAAUAUUGUACAUGCCACGCGUUUUACCGGUCCAAGGCAAACUUAUUUUGCAUCAAGUGCUGUUAAACCCUUGUAUGGCUUAACUCCGCAACUUGUAGUAUUCUGAUUGUUGCAAGACGAAUUUGAAAUUAGGGGAUAUAACGCAUCUUUUAUUAGGGGAUACAAGUCGUGUGGCAGAAAUAUUGCAAAACAAGUUGCACGUUUUUGUUCCCCGUUUCAACCGUAGCAUAAGGGCAAGUUGUAAAACUGUCCAGAAUAGAUUUACCGGAAUUAAACCAUGUAGUUGGUAGAGAUUUCGGACUGAAUGAAACUUAUCGGUACUUGGUGUCCCCUUCACAAUGUUUUCCUCUAUAGUGUUGAAUUGGUUUUGCUGGAAAUAUCACUGUGAUGGAAUAGUAUCCUAGGAGAGGAGGAGGAGAUGAGGGGAGGGGGGAGGGGGUGGGGGGGAUUCACGACUUAGCUCCUCUGGGCACUUCCCAAACGGAUCACAGUUACCGUAUUGAGUGACGGUAUCGAAGAGAUAUAUAGGAAAGCCAAAAAUUAAAAAAGCAUGUUGUAAACAAUAUUUAAAGUUGUGACUUAUAAAACUAAGAAAUCAUCUACAUUUAUCAUAAUUGGCGAUGAUUUUGUCAGGGAAAGACUUUUAUUUAUGAAUUUUUAGACUAAAGCUUGUAGUUAAGGAAAUUAGGCAGACAUUAAAAAUAUCCUAAACGACCCCGUUUUGAUUAAUGUUAUCAAUAAAAUUAAUCAAAUACAUUAAUGAAUGUAAUCCCUUAUUUGGCGUCUAUUCUCACUUUCAGGCUGACUUCCAUGGCUGCAGCAGUGGGCGCGGCUGCAAUUCCAUCUGCAGGCUUGGUUACCAUGUUGAUUGUCCUUCAAGCUGUCAAUCUGCCAACCGAAGACGUAGCUCUUCUUUGGGCCGUUGAUUGGUUCAUGUAAGCCAGACAGUUCCAUCUUGUUUUCGGCCUUUAUGUCUUUGGUUUCUUUUCCUUCCGCUUGUCCACUUUCGUUUUCCGUAUUCAAGCUAUUGUACGAAGAGAAUAAAGUGGAAGCAAGUGACAAAUGGUCUCAAAUUUUAAGAGCUAGGUUCGAACCACUAAGGGUACUUUAAAUCUACAGGGGGUUCUAAUGUCUCUUUCCAGUCUUAAUAUGAAAUGUGUGGCUAUCUUGAGUUUAUGCGUGCUUGAAGGCAUGCUCUAGUUCGUUGUCACAAACAGUGUUUUUCUCGAUAGUUACGAGGUGCCAGUUAAAGGAUUAACAAAAACCUUCAACUUUUUAAAAAAAUACUUUAGAUAAUGAUAUUUUUUUUCUUUGCAGGGAUCGUUUCCGAACUGUGGUAAAUGUUCUUGGUGAUGCCAUUGGGGCUGGAAUAGUGGCACACCUGUCACGUGAUGAGCUAAGGGAGGCUGACGAGGCAAAUAAAGGAGAUGACCAGGAGCUGCUCGAAAAAUACAGGCCUAAGGACCCGGAUAUGGUUGUGUCCGGGUUGUAA